AAAAAUAUACCAUUUCGAUUUUCGAUUUUCCAUAUUUAUUUAUUUAUUUAUUUAACAAUUCAUUUCUAACCUAUUUUAGUAAAUAUUUAGAUCUGAUCUAAUCUAAUCAAUUCAUUAUCAUAUUUAUCUUAUAUAAUCAUCAUCAUCAUCAUGUUGAAUAGACAAUUCGCUCGUGGUUUUGCUUCUAGUGCUACUGCUAGAAACUAUGCUUCCACCAUCAAGAACUUGAAAGUUACUGCUGAUACUAAGGUUAUUUAUCAAGGUUUCACCGGUAGACAAGCUACUUUCCAUGCCGAACAAGCCAUUGCCUAUAACACCAAGGUUGUUGGUGGUACUAACCCAAGAAAAGCCGGUACUACCCAUUUAGAUUUACCUGUGUUUGCCAAUGUUAGAGAUGCCAUUGCUCAAACUGGUGCUAAUGCCACUGGUAUUUUUGUUCCACCUCCAAUUGCUGCCGCUGCCAUUGAAGAAGCUAUUGAAGCUGAAAUCGAAUUAGCUGUUGCCAUCACUGAAGGUAUUCCUCAAAGAGAUAUGGUUAGAGUUGCUCAAAUCUUAAAAACUCAAAGUAAAACUAGAUUAGUUGGUCCAAAUUGUCCUGGUUUAAUUGCUCCAGAUCAAUGUAAAAUCGGUAUUAUGCCAUCUCAUAUUCAUAAAAGAGGUAAAAUCGGUAUUAUUUCUAAAUCUGGUACUUUAACUUAUGAAGCUGUUUCUCAAACUACUAAAGUUGGUUUAGGUCAAUCUUUAGUUAUUGGUAUGGGUGGUGAUCCAUUCCCAGGUACUAAUUUCAUUGAUGUUUUAACUUUAUUCUUAAGUGAUCCAGAAACUGAAGGUAUUAUUUUAAUCGGUGAAAUCGGUGGUAAUGCUGAAGAAGAAGCUUCUGAAUUCUUAAAACAAUAUAAUUUAACUAGAGAUGUUCCAAAACCAGUUGUUUCAUUCAUUGCUGGUGUUUCUGCUCCUCCGGGUAGAAGAAUGGGUCAUGCUGGUGCCAUUGUUGCUGGUGGUAAAGGUGAUGCCAAAUCUAAGAUUGCUGCUUUACAAUCUGCCGGUGUUGUUGUUGAACCAUCUCCAGCUAGAUUAGGUAACUCCUUAUUACAAGAAUUCAAAAACAAAGGUUUAUUAUAAAUUUAAUGUAAUAUAAAUUUAAUUGUUUUAGAUUCAUGUCAAUUAAUUAACUAAUUAUUAUCUAUAUAAGAAGAAAAAAAAAUAUAAUAAAUCUCCAUAUCAUUCAUUCAUCAAUAACAUUAU